UCAAAUUAUAAUUAAGAACAGUGAUGCUCUUUUCUGUUCGGACUAAAAUAAUGAAAAUUGGAAAAGCUCAAGGGAACAGCAAAAACAGAGUAGUCGCAGUGGAUAAUAAUUAAUGGAUUCCACUUUUUACAAUAAUCAAGGCAAGACUUUUCGAGUUUUGUCCGCAUAAAUUUGAAUCACACUCUGCCGAAAAGACACAAUUUUUCACUCGUGAAGCGUGUAUCCUCUAAACAAUUUCAAUCCUCACCAUGGCUGGGCCAUCAUGGCUUAUCGAUCCAAACCGAAUAGCGACUAAAAUUAGGAGUGCUUCGGCUGCAUUAGACCCAGCAGAAGUCAACUGGAAAAGCAACCCCACGAAAUCUUGUCCAAAUUGCCAAUAUGUUAUUGACAACAGCGAUGUUGUCCACGCAUGGCCUGGAUUACCAAGGGGAGUGAAAUUCGAUCCUUCAGACCAAGAAAUCAUUUGGCAUUUGCUCGCUAAAGUUGGUCUCGACAAUUUUAAACCUCAUCCUUUUAUCAAUGAAUUCAUCCCAACAGUCCAGGAAGAUGAUGGAAUUUGCUACACUCAUCCUCAAAAUUUGCCAGGUGUGAGGCAAGAUGGGAGCGUGUCACAUUUUUUCCACCGAGCAAUCAAAGCUUACAGCACUGGGACACGAAAACGCCGCAAAAUACAUGGUGACAAUCUUGGGGAUGUUCGCUGGCAUAAAACGGGCCGAACAAAGCCCGUUUUACUUGACGGUGUGCAAAAGGGAUGCAAGAAGAUUAUGGUUUUGUAUGUGAGUCCAGUGAGAGGUGGAAAAGCUGAGAAAACAAAUUGGGUCAUGCAUCAAUAUCACUUGGGCACAGGGGAAGAUGAAAAAGAAGGGGAAUUUGUGGUGUCCAAAGUGUUCUACCAGCAGCAGCAGCUUCAGGUUAAGCAGUUUGAGAAAAUCGAGGAAUUUGUUGCGGAAGGAAUUGAGUGUGAUGAUACAGUUAUGAUGAUGAUUCCUAAGGUUGAUCCUGUGACUCCUAAGCUCACAACUCCCGAGCCGCGUGUUGAGAGCAGAUUUGUUGAUUGUGAGCUUGUGCAAGUACAAGAUUAUUCUGGGCUUGUUGAUGUAGAGGAGUUUGAGUCUCAGGAUAGUUACAUUGCUUGGGGAGGAAGUGUACGUGGAGGUGGAGGCAAGACAAUCGACUGA